ACAUAACUGUUGGGUUCUUUCUGACGGAUAUGGUUGGUGCAUGAUCUACGGAGAAAGGUUGGUGCUUGAUGAUGUCAACGAGAACCAACUGAACCAAUUCCUUUCGAUCUCCGGCGGAUCAUUUCGACGAUGAACACUCCCUACCCAACACCCAUAACCCCAUCUCAAACCCGAAUCGGAUGGAUAGGAACAGGCGUAAUGGGGUCGGCAAUGGCCUCUCGUCUUCUUUCCGCCGGCUACGCCCUCACCAUUUACGCUCGAACCCCUUCCAAAACCCUAUCACUCCAAUCGCAAGGUGCCCGUCUCGUCGAUUCCCCAUCGGAAGUCGCCAAAGCAAGCGAUGUCGUUUUCACAAUGCUGGGACACCCAUCAGAUGUUCGACAGAUUGUCUUAGAGAAUCCUGAUUCAAUUCUAUCUUCUUUAAACCCCGGAGGUGUUAUAGUUGAUCACACUAGCAGCCACCCAAAUCUUGCAAAACAGGUUUUUGAUUCUGCUCGCGAGAAGAAUUGCUGGUCUGUUGAUGCUCCUGUAUCUGGUGGUGAUAUUGGUGCUAGAGAUGGAAAAUUGGCCAUACUAGCCGGCGGCGAUGAAGGCGUUGUAAAGUGGUUGUCUCCAUUGUUUACGUUAAUGGGGAAACCAAAUUAUAUAGGUGUUGCUGGGUGUGGACAAAGUUGCAAGAUUGCUAAUCAGAUCACAGUGGGUGGGAGUUUGUUGGGGUUGAGUGAAGGAUUGGUGUUUGCUGAGGCGUCCGGAUUGGAUAAGGGACGGUGGUUGGAGGCGGUGAGGCAAGGAGCUGCAGGAUCUUCAGUAAUGGAAUUAUUUGGGGAAAGGAUGAUCGGAAGGGACUUCCGGCCUGGUGGGUUUGCUGAAUACAUGGUGAAAGAUUUGGGGAUGGGUUUGGAUGUUGUGGAGGAGGAAGGUGAUAAGGUGGUGGUGAUGCCCGGCGCUGCUUUGUGCAAGGAACUAUUUUCCGGCAUGGUUGCUAAUGGAGAUGGUAAGUUUGGGACUCAAGGGCUUAUCACUGUUGUUGAAAGGAUCAAUGGCAAGAGAUAAGUGUGUAUGAACCCUCUAUCCCUCUCCAAGUAAUAUAAAGUUUGAAAUUUCCAAGGUGAGUUAUAAACACCAAUAUUGUCUUUUCAUGUAGGUUUUUGUGUUCUAUAUGUGCAUUCGUUGCAUUAUCUAUGUAUGAAUUAUAUAUGUACAUAUUUAGUUGUGUUUCUCUUCCAAAUUAUGCAUGGUUGACUCAUAAUCUACAAAGCAGGACUUGUGAUCCUGUUUCUUA